CUAGCAUACAGACAUUUAACUCGGAACAGGCAGGAAUAAAACCAACCUUACUCACAAUCUCUUUGAAAUAAAUAAAUACUCUGAGUAAACCCUCAGACUCCCCUGAUGAAAACGUCCAUGCAUUCAGAUGCAGACUGUGUAAAUACCAUGUCAAAUGUAAGGGCCAGGGCCAAGAAAAAGCCAGCUGCAGUGGAGCUGCCUGGAGAUCAACCUCUUAGAUCCUCGGGAAGACAGGCUAAAAGGAAAGCUACUGAGACUGAGGAAGAGGAUGAUAUUUCUGAGAAGAAGUACAGGAAGUGUGAGAAGGCUGGAUGUACUGCAACAUAUCCAGUGUGCUUCGCUAGUGCCUCCGAAAGGUGUGCUAAGAAUGGUUACACAUCACGGUGGUACCAUUUAUCCUGCGGAGAACAUUUCUGCAAUGAAUGCUUCGAUCAUUAUUACCGAAGUCACAAAGAUGGCUAUGAGAAGUAUGCCAGCUGGAAGAGAAUUUGGACCGGGAAUGGCAAAAGUGAGCCUAGUCUUAAAGCUUUUAUGGCUGACCAGCAGCUUCCAUACUGGGUGCAAUGUACAAAACCAGACUGUGGGAAGUGGCGCCAGUUAACAAAGGAGAUCCAGCUUACCUCCACACUAGCAAAAACAUAUCGCUGUGGAAUGAAGCUGAAUAACGUAAAGAGUGAAGGUCCAGACCAGUGCUGUCAGCCAGAAGAUAUGAGAGUUGCUGAAGUUAUUGACAGCUGGUGGCACUCUAUGCUUAUUCUGCCUCCCUUGCUGAAGGACAGCCCUGCAGACCCAUUCCUGGCAGCAUACUACCCUGACUGUGUGGGCAUGAGCCCCUCCGGCUCCCCCUGCAGCCACUCCAUCCAUAACAUGAAGGCAGAGCACUGCAAGACAUUCCAGCCACAAAUUGCAGGACUGAGUCCAUACUUUCAACCUUUCUACCAACCCAACGAGUGUGGCAAAGCUCUGUGUGUGAGGCCGGAUGUGAUGGAAUUAGAUGAGCUCUAUGAAUUCCCAGAGUAUUCUCGUGACCCAACAAUGUACCUAGCACUGAGGAACCUCAUACUGGCUUCCUGGCACAGGAACUGCAAAGAGGUUCUCACCCCACAGAAAUGUGCUCCUCAUAUAAUUGUUCGAGGUCUGGUCCGUGUACGCUGCGUUCAGGAGAUGGAGAGGGUUCUGUAUUUCAUGACGAGAAAAGGACUCGUCAACACAGGCAUUUUAAAUGUUCAACAGCCUCUGCUUCCAAAAGAAUACCAUAAUAAAUCAGUAAUUGUUAUUGGUGCUGGUCCCUCAGGCUUGGCCGCUGCCCGACAGCUCCAGAAUUUUGGCAUACAGGUAAUAGUCCUGGAAGCAAGAGACCGGAUUGGUGGACGUGUGUGGGAUGACACGUCUCUAGGAGUCACAGUGGGGAGAGGAGCCCAGAUAGUUAAUGGCUGCAUUAACAACCCCAUAGGACUAAUGUGUGAGCAACUUGGCAUAAAGAUGCAUAAACUGGGAGAAAGGUGUGACCUGAUCCAGGAGGGAGGCCGGGUGACAGACCCCACAAUAGACAAGCGCAUGGACUUCCAUUUCAAUGCUAUCCUGGAUGUUGUGGCAGAAUGGAGGAAAGUCAAAACACAGCAUCAAGAUGUGCCUCUUGGAGAAAAAAUCCAAGAAAUCUACAAAGAUUUUAUUCAUGAAUCUGGAAUCCAGUUCAGUGAUUUAGAAGAAAAGGUUUUACAGUUUCAUCUCAGCAAUCUGGAAUAUGCCUGUGGAAGCAACCUAAAACAGGUCUCUGCCCGUUCCUGGGACCACAAUGAGUUCUUUGCCCAGUUCACAGGAGACCACACACUUUUCAAUGCUGGGUAUUCUUCUGUGAUCAGCAAGUUGGCUGAUGGUCUUGACAUUUGUCUUAAAACACCGAUUCAAUCCAUUGAUUACUCAGGGGAUGAAAUUAAGGUAGCUACCUCCAAUGGGUCCCAGUGGACAGCACAGAAAGUGUUGGUAACCGUCCCAUUGGCUUUGCUUCAGAAGAAUGUCAUCCAGUUUAAUCCUCCCCUGCCAGAGAGGAAACUAAAGGCCAUCCACAGUUUAGGACCAGGAAUCAUUGAAAAGAUUGCCUUGCAGUUCCCAUACAGAUUUUGGGAUGGCAAAAUACAGGGUGCAGAUUUCUUCGGUCAUAUUCCACCCAGCUCUGACAAACGAGGGCUUUUCGGUGUGUUUUAUGACAUGGAUCCACAAGGAAAGCAGAGUGUGCUGAUGUCUGUGAUCACUGGUGAUGCAGUUUCAUUUAUCAAAGAUCUGGAGGAUAAGCAAGUUGUAGACAUGUGCAUGAAUGUCCUUCGAGAACUCUUUAAAGAACAGGAAGUUCCAGAAUUAAUGAAAUACUUUGUAACUCGAUGGAGCAAAGACAUUUGGUCACAGAUGGCUUAUAGCUUUGUGAAGACUGGGGGAAGUGGAGAAGCAUAUGACAUUAUAGCUGAAGACGUUCAAGGCAAAGUGUUCUUUGCUGGGGAGGCUACCAACAGACACUUCCCCCAAACUGUUACAGGUGCCUAUCUGAGUGGAAUAAGAGAAGCAAGUAAGAUAGCAGCCUUGUAAUACCAUAACAUCAACACAUCUACAGGCCACCAGGACAGGUAGACGAGUUAUGAUCAUCAGUUUUAAAGAUCAUGAUGCUAUUGACUGCAACUACUAUUAGAAUGGGUUGUCGAUAUGUCUCAAGAUUGUUUGGGGACAUUUUAAACAAUUGAAUAUUAUGCAAAACUCUAGUAAUUAAUUAUACAAUUUUUGUUUUAUUAUUCUUGGUAGUAGUUGUAAUUGUAGUGAUAAAGUUUCAAAUCAGUUGACAGUGAACUAAGCAACCUAUUUUGAGAAAAAAAAAAGAUUUAGAAUUGACGUGAAGGUUGAUCACUUUACAUGUGGGGAUCCUAUUACAGUAGAAACACUUAAAUUUAUUAAAGUACUAAGGGGUCGUCCAAAAUUAUCAUCAGCUACAGCAAGUGUACAUGGUAUGCUCUUUUUCAAUACCUCCUCCAAAAGCAUACAUCAGAAGCGAACCAUAGAUUUUCUAAACGUAGUUAUAGUGAAUGGGCAAAUAGACUCUUUUGCCUGGUUUACUGUAUCCUAUAUUGCAUACGAACAAACAUUGCAGAAUUUGAGCACCAAAGUUUUAUUAAUCUUUUUUUCUCUAUGGCUCGCAAGAGGAUCGUAAUCUGUAAUUGAAUUAGCUCAGAGAAUUAACAAGCUGUAAACCAUUUAUUUUUCUGUUUCUAAAAAAAACAAAAAGAAAAAAAGAUAUACUAUUAAGAAUACUAUACUAAAAAGAAUACUAUUGAUCGCUGUCCAGUACUACUUGGCUUUACAUGGUUUUCUUGGGAAUCCGUCUGCAGAGAGCGGCACUCACGUCAUUUUAAGGUCAUUUUUAUAACUUUUCACAGGGGGCAAGUCCCACAACUUGUAUUUACUGUUUAAAUUUAAAACCAAUAUUGGUGUCAAAUUGGAUUGUAAUCUUUCCGGCAUAGUUAGUUCAAAAGGGAGGGCAGAGGGGCUUUUUAACCUCAAAUAUAUUAUAAAAACUAUUGCAGCACAGGGAUAAUAUUUUCUUAAUAGACUAAUACAUCACAUUUUAAAUAAUAAUUUGUGUUUUGAUAUAUAAUAAACCAAAUUCAUGCCUUUUAAAGGUGACACAUACACUUUAUCUGCGUACAGACGUGGUGCACUGGCACAACUGCUGUAACUGACAUGCCACCCUUGCCAGUAUGCCUACAGUGAGAAGUGUGUUUUUGGGAGGCUUGCUUGUACACUUAAAGAUUUGGCCUUUUAAUUUAAAACAACCAUCUACUUAGAUUUUUUUUUUAUUGGUAAAGUAUUUAUAUUUGUGUAUACAUAUUUCAAUUUUUUAAAUUUAUGAAGGUUGAAAAUCAGCUGAGGGAAUUACUCUAAUCCAAAAUGUCCGCUUGGUAGAAAACAGUGUGUUAAAACUACAUUUUGCAGAAUUGAAACAUUUUGAUUUCAGAUAUAUUUUAUAAGUUUGGUAAAAACUAAAUGUAAUCUAUUUUGGAUUUUGUUUGCUGAAAUCUAAAAUUUCAUUUGACCGCCUUACUAUAGUGUGUUUGCAGAAAGGUAUGUGACUAUUUCAAGAUUUUAUAUUUUAAAAAAUACAUAAUAUUUUGAUCAAACACUGUACACGGCCCUUGACCGGACCUCCCUUCGAGCAAACACUUUGUACGCUUUCAGAAAAUGUCGAUAAAGUUUGGGCGGCCCCUUACAAAAUAAUUCCACCAUCUCUUACUAGAUCUCAUGUUCUCCUAUAUGAAAGAGGCACAUAGUGUUAAAUGCAUAUUUGAUUUUUAAUGGUAUUUUUUCAUUGCAUUUAUAAUAUAAAUUAGAAUGCUGUAUGUAGCAUGUCUCCUUGUAUUAGAGGUGUCAUCAUGUAUAGUUCUGGCUGCUUAAACUGUGCAAAAUAACGUGUCUUACAUAGGGCCCUGUGUAAGUCACGAGAGGAUUAGAAAAUGAUUAACCUGCAAUUCAGUCCUAAAUCACAAGAUGUCCAUGUAGCCACUCCAGCUAAACUGAUUUAAAGAAUAAUUAAGUAAUCAACCCAUACAUUCUGGCUAAUUAGAAAACACCCCCUGAUUACAUGUGUUUGCUUUUUUAGAACACAGAGAUGCACCAGCAAAGUCAAAAAACAUUUCUUUGAGAGGUCACACACAACAAUAUCCACCUGGUGUGCUGCACACUGAUGAGUAUAACUUAUUCUGAAAUAUGUAACUUUAGAAUUCAUCAAAUAUAUAAAGUUUCAGAAUUAAUAAAUACAUACCGAGCACUGGCAUAAGAGUUGCACAUCACAGGUGGCAGAAUAAACAGUGUGUUGUGAAAAAUGGAUAAGUUACUACAACCUUUAUCAAUGCAGAAUAAAACCAUGUUUUAUUUAACCAGCUCAAGUUUUUAAAGGCAGCAAGGAUUUUAAACCCACAACAUGUUUGCAGUUUAGAUAAAGAACCUCUCCUGUUAGACUGUAUUCCAGGGUUUGAGGUUACUGUAAAAAAAGAAAUGGAGGGAUCUCAACUAUAUGCAAAAGAAGACAGUAGUGGAAUUUCUUUGACUGGAUUUUGGAGAAAUGUAGAACUAUUUCCCAAUUUAGCAAGAAAGGCUAAAAUAUAUAUGUUAGUUGUUCCCAAUUCUGUAGAUUCUGAAAUAAGUGUUUCUUCACUGGACACAUUUACAGAGCAACUUCAGUCCAUGAAAGAAGACCGAGUUAAGCAUCGUCAGUUGGUUAAGUUUAACAGCAAAAUAUAAUGCACAGUAACUGAGAGUAACACUUCUUGUGAACAACUUUGUUUUGUUUUUUUGUUUUGUUUUUUUACAUUAUAUUCAAAAAAACUAAGAAAAAAAUACACAACUUACAUAUGGUAAAGAAUCUGUCAAAUGCCCAGACUACAGUAAAUGGUUGUAAUAACUAUACUGUUCAGGAAUUGCUGCCAAAAAUGGGAAAUCCAUUAAAAGAAAAACGCAGUCUUUUAGUUCAAUAAAUAUAUAUUUGUGCCCAGUGAGAUCCAAAUAUGAAGAUUUUUGUUUUUAUUUUUACAAAAAACGUACUGAUAAUGAAAACCUAUGAAUAAUUUAUUUACACUGUAUGUAUCACUUCUCUGAAGUAACAGUGAAAAAAUUCCUUUUAAAAUUAUUAAAAAAAUAUUCAGAGGGAUUUAAGGUUAAAUAAAUGUCAAUAGCCAUGUGCAGCAGUCUGUUUAUUAAUCUGCUAAUACGCACUUUGUAGGAAUGGGAUGAGCAAUUUAAAUGGUAAAGUAACGUAAUGAGAUUAUUGUUUCAUGAUUUCUCAUUGCAUGGCUUACUGUGGCGGCUACAUCGACAUCUUGUGGCUGUAGGACUAAAUUACAGGGUAAAAGACAAGUCGUAGAAAACACAAGGUCAUACUUGUACAAUAAGGGACACCCUACACACAACAUAGGAACUAUCUACAUCACACAAAUGAUGACUGCAUUCAGGAAUACCUUUUUAAAACUAACAAACAAAUAUAUUUUUGUAAAAUAACUUUGCCCCUUCACCGGUCUUGAAAUAGUCUAGAAUCAAAUGCCGAGGUUGUUAAAGAUAGCAUGUAGGCCUACAUGUGCCGUGACGUGGUGAAAUCUAUUUACAUGUGCCAUUUAUUUUCUUUAAAAUAAGUCAAACUUCCAGAAACUAGACAAAUUGGCUCACAUUUGAGUACCAAUUACUUAAUUUCUUCGACUAAAGUUUAGAAAGCUGACCGGAAGUACGGCAUUAUAUUCUUUAAAGGCUUCAAAUAAAUGACCAUUAAAAAAAUCAAAUUUACCAUAAUGUGUGCAUUUUUCACAUAGGAAACUGACAUCAUUGAAGUGAUAGCAAUAUGUAAUAGGGUUACUGGAAUUAUUUAGCACCAUGUACUUAACAAGUUGCAUUCAAACAGCGAGUCUUUUGUGUAAUACAUCUUUUUGACAUGGCCCAGUGUAUGCUUUUAGUCACAGCUAGGACAUACUUCCUGAGAAGCACUGGACCACAUGGUAGACGGCAUCAGCAAAUGUGCUUUGGUUUGGAUCUUCACAUUAGACAGUUAUUUUCUAUUUAUCUCGUAGAAAAAUAAAUGAAUAUGUCUUGUCCUCAGUUAUUUCAGGUCUCCUGAGUAGAACUUCCCCAAAGUCCAGAAAUAUUGAUGAUAAACUGUGCAUUACAACAUUAUGUAUAACACUACAUUUUUGCUCCCCCUGUUUCUGAUGACUCUAAAAUUUGUAUUUUAUAGGCUGAGAAAAUGUUGAUCUCCGUAGUGACACCAAACAAACAUUAUCCUGUUACUGCAGGUCAAUGUUACAAAUGCGCUUUUCACCAUGCCAUUUACUCAUACAAGUCUUUAUAUUGUGCGUUUCUUUAUUAUGCAUAGUUAUUGUUUUAAGUUAUAUGUUGUCUUCUGGAAUGUCGUAUUCUCUAAGGGUGGGUUUACACCAUGCAAUUAUUGCUAGCAAUUGCAGGCAAGAAUUGCUACUGAAUUGCCUAGUGUAAUAUAGUGAGGGUUUUUUUUUUUUUUUUUUUUUUUAAAGUUAAUUAUGUCUUUUGGGGUAGUCCUUUUUAUAUAUUAAAAAAAAACAACAACCUAUGCUUAUGCUAUAUUCUCAGCUUGCCUUAAAAUUUAACACAACCAUAAGAAGCACAAUUAUUUUCUAGCUUUUUAUUAGUCGUUGACAUUUUAAUUAGCUAGUUAAUCAUUUUACUUUUUGUUUUCUAAUUUUAUUUUUAUUUACUGAUUAUGUUCAAUAAUGUUAUUGCAAAUGUUGCAUAGAGAAAACAAAUAAUACUUUGAACGCCGUCGAUUAUUUUGACAGCUGCCCCAUUUCAGUGCUGAGUUAAUCUAUACCCCCGAUAAAAGUAGAUACAAAAAAAUGUGGCCAUUUUUAAACCAUAUAUUUAGUUAAGUACCCAACAUAAAUGUUGAAUAUGUCUUCAUAUGUGUACAGAAUGUUCUGGUAUGCAUACUGUAGCCCAUUAUUUAAAGUCCUCAUCGCUGUUUCCAGUUGAAUCACUGAAUUGCCAUGAAAUUGCCAGCAAUAAAUUGACAGGUGUAGAUUAGAAAAAUUGCUGGUACUUAAUUGAUAGCAGUAAUUGCCUAGUGUAAACUCACCAUAAAGGUUAACAAGAUAUAUUGCAAUGUUCGAUAAUGUCUUUCUAUUCUGUGAAAUUAAAACAGGGAACAGUUUGGUCUUUUGGUUAAAGCUGAAGUUUAACCCAACCUGAUUUGUACAGAACUAGAGAAACAACCUGGCAUGUCCUCCUUCCAGCUGUAAAACAUGGUAGUCCAAGGUGAAGAGUAUGGGGACAACACCAACAUGGCAAUCUUGUACUGUUUCCUCAAAAUAUGCUGCAUUGGUGUACAACAUUGGUAGCAACAAUUUUACAUUAUUCAUGAUGACACUAACUUCCUAAAAAGAUGUACUUUUAUUUCAGUAACAUUUUGUAUUUUAUACUUUUACCAAGUGUGUAAACAUUUUAAAUAAUUGAAAAUGUGUUUCACCUUUUGUGAAGUUUUCCCAGUAUGAUCUGUUAAGAGCAAUGUAUUAAAACCUUGUACAAAAUUCACCAUCCAUUUAUGCUUGAAAUUCCUUAAGAAUGUGAAGCCAUUGGUACCUAUUCAGUCAGUUUUAACUUUGUUCUUAACCCAAAAACCAGUUACAUGACCACAAUUUAGCAGCCUUAUGAUAACAUUAAGGUCACCAAAAAAUGUUUAUACAUCCUGGAAAAUGUGUGGUAAAAGAGAACAUGCACAGCUGAGAAUUUAUAAUUUUAAGAAAUAAUUAAAACGGAAAUUCUGUAAUACUGGCAGCAUGUCCUAGUGACUACAUUUUAAACAAAGCAAUUGGGAAGGAAAAUGCAAAUAUAAUUGGAUAAUAUGGGCAUAAAUAGUCACCCCUUCUGUUGUGUGGAACGAUAUAGGGAUGCCCACCUAUAACGCUUUUUGGCUAACCACAGAUCGAAACCUAAGGAAAGUCUACUGCUAGAGCCCUAACAGUCUUCACACUAAAUCUGCAAGCAGAUCUUAAUGUGGUACAGAGACACUGUGGGAAAAGCUGAAAGCAGCUUGACCCAGCAUGCGCGUCCCUGUUCAACACACUACAGCUGAGCCCAGUAACUGCGUUAGUAUUUCUUUAAAAAAAAAAAAACAAAAAAAAAACACAAAACAGUAAAUCAAUCAAUUACUGAUAUUUGAAUAUAUUUUUAUAAUGAACAAUUUUAUUUUAUGCUUCAACCGAAGUUAGCAGCUUAUGAGAGAGCACCAGUAGCUGGCUUAAGGCGUUUGAUCCAGGGGAAGGGGCAGUGGAGCUGCUGGGUUCACGCAGAGCACUAGGCCGCUGAGGGACUACUGAACAACCAUGGCUGAUUGCACAAUACGUGAAAUAAUUUUUACUAAAAUACAUAAAAACAACAAUUCACAUUAAGUGAUAAACACGUGAACACUAAUAAUACAAUCAGAUAUAACACUGUCAUUUUAUCUGUUCGUAGAGCUCUGUCAGGUUGGUGAAAGGCAAAAAUGAUGAUGUUUUGAGUGUGAAGUCUCUUUUAUGCCCUUGGGGACGGGGUGCAACUGUGUCACUGGCACUAUGUGCAACUCUGGAAUAUCUAUUCAGGUUAGACGGUAUCGAAGGAUUACAUUUCAUAUUCAAUUUCUGAUUUAACAGAUAAACAAGUGUUGAAAUUGUUAAAAAUGUGAGUGCCGUUAAUGUGGAUUCUUUUCUUACCAAUUCAACACAGAGCAUACUUUUAGUGCUCUAGAUGGAUCAGAGGAAGUUAUCCUCAGCAGCAGUUAGCUGUGCAUCUCUAAGUCAGUCAAAGAUCACCGUAUUCUUCGGGUCAUAGAAUAUGAUGUAGAAGGCUUGGUGGUCCAGUGGGAAGAAAAGGGCUUGAUACGAGGAGGUCCUUUGUUUAAAUCUCUGCUCAGCCAGUGACUAAAUGUGUGUGACCCUGAGCAAGUCACUUAACCUUGUGCUCCCCGUCCUUCGGGUGAGAUGUAAAACCGAGAUUCUAUUGUAAAUGACUCUGCAGCAGCAGUUGUUGAUGCAUAAUUCACAUCCUUCUCUCUGCAUGCCGCUUUGGAUAAAAGUGUCUGCUAAAUGACGAAUUAGUAAUAAUAAUGACAAUGUGAUCAGACUUAAUAACUGCACAGUACAUGAACUUUGUAACCUAUUCUGCCGAGACAUUCACAGUAUUGUGCCUUUUUUGCUUAACCUGCCAAAUGUAUGACUUUAAAGUUGGGAGGGAAUUCCUUAGGUGCUUAACUUUCCAUGUAGUUGAUAUUUUGUUGUUCAGAAACAGUUAAGGUAUGUGCUGUAUGAUUCUUGCAUUGUAAGUGUUGUUUACAUAGAGUUUUUGCAUGUUGGAAUAAAAGUACCACUCAUUUUUAAAUCGGCUUUUUGAGCUGCACUGUGUCAGAGGUGGUCACAGUUUUCAUCACUUUGUUUAUGGUGAACCAUCAGUAUGUCCCCAGGUUCAAUUAUGGAGUUUGACAGACACAGACAGAUGAGAUUUUUGCCCGAGUUAAAAUGUGCAGCAAGGUUUGUUCAAAUAUUUAGAUUUGUUUCUCUGCACUAAAGAAAAAAUUAUUACUAUAUAUACACCACUGUUUUCACAUCACACUACUAGUCUUCUCUUGUUGAGCAACAAAUAAGCACUGACACAAACAAAAUGGGCAGAGAUUUGUGAUGCAUGCCAAGAUGAAAUCUGAUUGGAAUGAAAGCUUGGCCAAUCAAUAUGGAGAGGUGUUGACUCAGGUAAAGGUUGAUUAAGAGAGGAGUUUCUGGGGGGCUGCUGUGGCUGCACAAAAUCUUGCUGGUGGCCACAUUUAAGAAACGUUGAUCUUGAGCAUAGUACACAUUUUGUAAAUCGGUGAACUUACAGCAACAUCAUCCCCAUUCUCAGAAUGAGCCAGGAUGCUAGCUGUACCACCUUUCCUGGAUUUAAAUAUUCUGUUAUAACAAAAAAAAUAAACAACAAUUUUAUUCACAUCCAAACUAUGUAAAAACAAGAUUACAAAAAAAUCACGCUAGGUAAUAAUGGAGUUUACAACCAACAAAUAUAAAAACACAGUAAGCAGAUAGAAAAGGCAAACUUCACAAAAAAAGCUAAUUUGGAAGCAGUUUACAUUAGAACUUGACAGCAGAUCAUCCUAUUCAAAAUAGUUUAAAACUCUGAUGUAACAAAGUAAAUACAAUCAUUGCUGGUAUCGAAUGACUCAAACUUGAUCCUGUGGAACCACCAAAGUCCUGCAGAAAUUUUACUCCAAAUCUUUACCAGCGUUUCAUCAGGAGAUCAACUGCAACAAAACACAAAUAUUUACUGUUAAGAAAGAAAACAUAACAUUCUACGUCAACAAGAUAGAAGAGAACACACCCAUCAACUUUAAACCACUGCACCUCAAAAGGAAGAUGUAUUUAACGAGAAAUGCUAACUGUUAAAGAUGCCUUUAUUAACUGCUGUAAAUCUUAGUGUAUUUCAAAUAGAAAAACAAAUAAAUUUGUGCAUUUCAGAAUUUAAUGGUAUAGAGGGCUCUACCCUGUACUUUUUCUUCUAAAUUUGCAGUAAACAAAGCUGCAAUAAAAAAUUCAGUUUGUCAUGCCUAUCGAAUUUUACAACCUGUGAA